AUGACCUCCGUCAAGAAAGCAGAACCUAACGAACCUGUGCCGGCGGCGUCGGAGCCCGUCGAACUCACUUCGCCAGAUACGCGGCAGGACGUCGAUGCCGCCUACAAAGCCAAGGCGGAAGUUCUCAACCGAGCGAUUCAGGAUGUCGGCAUGGGUCGGUAUCAGUGGCAGCUUUUUGUGGUCAUCGGAUUCGGCUGGGCCAGUGAUAAUCUCUGGCCGAUCGUGACAUCGCUGAUUCUCCCGCCUCUCGCGAACGAAUUCCACGCUCCCCGAGCCCCAUUGCUCACCUUGGCGCAGAAUAUUGGACUUCUAGUUGGUGCGGUAUUUUGGGGAUUUGGGUGUGAUAUCUUUGGCCGGAAAUGGGCUUUCAACUUGACUAUCGGCAUCACGGCGGUGUUUGGGUUGAUCGCGGCCGGGUCCCCGAACUUUGGGGCUGCAUGUGCGUUCGCGGCGUUGUGGUCCGUGGGAGUUGGAGGUAAUUUGCCUGUCGACUCGGCCAUCUUCCUAGAAUUCCUGCCGGGCUCACAUCAGUGGCUGCUGACUGUUCUGUCAAUUGACUGGGCCUUUGCACAACUCCUGGCGACUUUGGUCGCAUGGCCCCUACUAGGAAACAUGACAUGUGAGACAAAGGAAGGGUGCACAAGAUCGGAGAACAUGGGAUGGCGAUACUUCCUGAUUGCAAUGGGCGGUCUUGCAAUGAUCAUGUUUGUCAUACGAUUUCUGUUCUUCACCAUCUUCGAAUCACCCAAAUACUUGAUGGGCAAGGCCAGGAAUGGAGAAGCAGUUGGGGUGGUGCAUGAGGUGGCAAGGCGAAAUGGACGGUUCUCGUCGUUGACACAGGCAGACUUGGAUGAGCUGGACGAGGGCGAGUCGCCGGGCUUGACGACCCGCAAUGUUGUCCGUCGGCGGCUGGAUAAGCUUCGCUUCGAGCAUAUCCGAGCGCUUUUUGAUACGCCGAAACGAGCGUACUCGACCACGCUGAUCAUUCUGGUCUGGGCAUUCAUUGGCCUGGGCUUUCCUCUCUACAAUGCCUUCUUGCCGUACAUCCAGCAGUCACGCGGACUCGAAUUCGGGGAUGGAUCGACCUACAUCACCUAUCGCAACUCUCUCAUCAUUGCCGCGAUGGGGAUCCCAGGCUGUCUGCUCGGCGGCCUGCUCGUGGAGCUUCCUCGCUUCGGGCGCAAGGGAGCUCUGUCUUCGUCCACCGUGCUGACCGGCAUCUUCUUGUUAUCGUCCACCACGGCGACUUCAUCCAAUGCUCUCCUAGGCUGGAAUUGUGCCUACAACUUCAUGAGCAGUCUGAUGUACGCGGUGCUGUACGCCUACACGCCCGAGAUCUUCCUGACCAAGGACCGAGGUACUGGCAAUGCACUCACAGCUAGUGCCAAUCGCGUCUUUGGUAUCAUGGCACCCAUCGUGGCCAUGUUUGCGAAUCUGAACUCGGCCGUGCCCGUCUAUGUCAGUGGCGCAUUAUUCAUUGCCGCGGGCAUUCUAGUCAUUCUCCUCCCAUAUGAGUCGCGGGGUAAAGCGAGCCUGUAG